AGAUCAAAGUUAGACGCCGACAAUCGGGAAACAAUGUCGCCGUCUUCGUCGCCGUCGAGCAUUACCUUCCUCAACUACAGGUCCGCAGCAGUUGGUGCGCGGGCAAUUCGCUCCGUUCGUCGCGCCUCGACGACGACGCGUCUGGCGUCCUUGUAAUCGCGACUUUGGUGUUGGUGCGAUUUCGCGCGACGUGUCGAUCUCUCGCACGUGCAGGUCGCGCGCGUCGUCGUCAUUGUCGUCGUCUCGUUGUUUGUCGGCGAUACGAGAGAGAAGCGUAUUAGUAUCCAGUGAAAGUAUCGAUUCGUCUAAGAGAGAGAACGAAACUUGUACCUAACCUACCUAUACCUACCUAUCUACCUACCUACCUACCUACGCUACGUACACGUUACGCUGUUUCGCGCAAACACAACGUGCGAAAACGUGUCGUCGCUCAUCCGCAUCGGAGUUGCGUCGCGUCGCGUCGCGUCGCGCCGUUUUACGUACGCCUCCUCGGCGGCAACGCGUCGUUACAAUAUAAUACGCGCUCACCGGCGGCGGCACAUCGCGCCGCGAUUAAAUCCCUACUGUAUUUCUAAUACGGCAACCGAGUGUUGUGGUCCCGCCGCGAUAACGCACACGGAAGAGACGCAUAUACUCCGUGACAACACAACGUCAUCUCUCCGAUGUGUUGAGGAUGUUAACGCCGAGACGAGCGGAGCCGAUGGGCUCCGACGAGAUCGGGAACGGGUGCGACAAGAGCGCGAGCAACACGACGAGCGGCCCGGUCAGCCCGGGCGGGACUUACGAGAACGGCGACGGCUCGAAGGAGUUUCUGUCGACCGGGAGGACCGGCAGACGGAACGCGUUGCCGAACAUCCUCGGCCGGCAUUCCGAGACUGGUCUCACCGAUCUGUCGGAUCGGUUUGAGGAACUGUCCACUCACACAGAUACAAAAAACACCGGGCAGGAUCCGAACAUACCGGGCACCUCGAAGCAGCAUGGCUGACAUGUUCGCGGGGCUUUGCGGGAAAUAUUGUCGCGAGACUCGGCCUCUUCAUCAGCGAUGAUAACGCCAAGAACUCGAUAAGAGAAACAAGUAUCGUUUUGUAAAUCACAAUCUCUUGGACGUUCUUUGAACACGUUCGACUGACGCGCAUGAGCAACGAAUCCGCGAGCAUACAUUCGGGUUUCGUUGUCUGCUAGAGAUGAGAUUUUUAGAAUUUUCCAACUUUGGACUUAAGAUUUGAAAGUGAAUUUGAAAAAUUUAAUGCAAGAACGCGCGUAAAUUUGUAUAAUCGAACAAAUUCACAAGUUUUAGCGCAAAUUUAUUUUGGACACGUCUAAGUAAUUUUUCUACUAACAUAAAUAAUAAUCUUUUCUCCAAUGCACUACUGUGUUGUGCGAACAAAUCUCAUUUCCUCGCUCUCUUGCAGUAAAUUUUUCAAAACCACCGUUCGAAGAGGAAUCAAUAGUAGUUUUGUUAUUCGGAAUGAGAGAAUCAACGUUCGCGAAUAACAGAAACAUCAGCGUGGGAGAUUAGUUUUGCUAGAACAAAAACUACGAAAAAAAGUUCGACAAGUUUAAUAUACAAUGUAAUAUAACAUUUCUAUACUAAAAAAAAGCCAAUGAAAAGAAACGUGCCAUAAAAUAAAAAAAAAAAAAAUAAAAAACUAAAAAAAAAACAAACUCGCUAAACCAGUUUAAAAAAAAAACCUUUGCGUAGGUAUUGUUACAUUUUGCGAGUUCCGCCCUGUAUAGCGCAGUAAGAGAACCGUAUCGAUUGUAUUAACAAUGAACAACGUUGGUGUUUAUUAUUAAUAUAUAUUACGCGUACACGCGCAUCGGUGAUCACAAGUAUUAAUUAAUUCGUAGUAUAACCUAUAGUAGAGCGCUACAUUGCUCUUGAAACACGUAAUGUAUAUUUUAUUGCGUACUCUGUGACAUUGGUGCAAUAUACAGAGAGAGAAAGAGAGAGAGAGAGAGAGACAAACAGAGAAUGUUUCUAAAUGUUAUAUUGAAAAGUUUUUAAUAUUAAAUUUUGUUUUAAAUUCGGUGAACUGUGAUUUGAGUUGUAACAUUUUGUGAAAACGCAUAUUUGUAAAAUUGUUGUUGACUAAAUUUUAACGUCAGAGAAUUGGAGAAUUAGUCGGAGAAUUGUUUAAUUGUUUUUAAUACAAAGAGAGAAAGAGAGAGAGAGAGAGAGAGAGAAAGAAAGAGAGAGCGCUGAAACUCGUCUCUUUCUCGAUAAUUUUUCUUGUACGUCACCUUCGUAUCCAGAAUCCCAUUGUUAACAAACAAUUGACCGGUCAAAUCGUAUACAGAACAGUACUCGGAGCAAAAUUAAUUCUAAAGUCACGGCUGUAACGAUUUUUAUACCGUUUUACCGCGGCAACACCGUUACGAAAGCUCUUAAUGCAACAUUCAAUUACAAGAUGCGACGGCGCGGCGUGCUUUUCUAUUAACGUUUGCGCACUUUGCUCUGUGAAUACUCAUUAUCUGACGAUUGUAUCCCUUCUCGUUAUAACGUUACAGCGCGCGGUAGCGACGUGCGAGGAUUACUAAGACGUUUUUUUAGCUACUGAAACAAAAAAAGAACAAUUUGUGUUUGCACAGAUGGAAUUAAAAAAACGAACAAUAGUGUCUAGUUGUAUCUGUAAUAUGAUAGCGGACUCGUGUACAUAUAGAACUUUUUUUGAGGGCGACGUGUACGUUUCGUUUGUUUCGCGAUCUCGUCUUGGAUUUUCACGAGAAAAAUAAUUAAUUAAUUAGGUAAUUAAGCUAAUAAAGGUAUGUUUUAGCAUGUGUGUGGAUAAGUCUGUACAUAUACGUGUAUGUUGCUACGCGUAUAUCCGUGUGAUGUUACGUAGGCCUGUGUUCUUAACGCACACACCUCACGCCUCAUUUCUUAUCUCGCAGCUAUAUCUCCACAUUUUACGUACAUCCGAAUAUAAAUAAAAAAACUACGAAUUUGAGAUUUUGACGAUGAAACAAAAAAAUUCGAUAGCGCUUUUCGCGCGACAAGAUGUUUCGAACGGUCUAAUUCCUCGCUGAAGCGAGUUUUUCGAAAGAAAGCUUAUUGGUGUAAGAAGCUUACUGCUACGCGAAUUUUGUGUUGCGUUGAAAAAAAAAAAAAAAAAAAAAUCAAUUUGAGAGCUUAAAUGGAAACGGCGAUAUUCGCGAUAUUCAUCGCUCCUUUUUAUUUUGGCUAUAUAUAUAUAUAUAUUGUGAAUUGAAACUUUUGAUAAGCGUAUGCUAAGAAAAUUAUAUAUGUAUAUAUAUAUAACAAAGAAACGCGUGUGUGAUAUACAAGCGACAAUUGAUGAUUGAUCUCUUUAAUCGAAGAAAUAAUUCGUGUUGCGUCACACUUGAUUGACACGACGCUCGGAAGGUCCAGUUCUAUUCACAUCACACAGUCGCAAACAACAAAGAUUCUCGCGGAAUUGGCCCGACUGACCGAUCGUUUCGUUCAAAUUCCGCGAGAGACCUUUGUUUUUUUGGUCGAUUCCUCGCCCGGAGGCGCGCCGUUUGAUUUGCUCUCGCGCGGCGUUUUUCUCGCAACACGGAUUCCAACUGUCGAUAUAUGUAUAUAUAUAUACACACUACAUAGUAUGUUUUUUCAUGCGUACCUGUUUUUCAUAGUCAAUAACAGUAAUUACGCUUUCGAGAUAAGGGUCAUUGACGUAGAUGGGUCUGUCAGAUGAUAAACACAAAGUCUGAAAUAGAUUCAAUUUGUAGCUGCGCGCGCGCGCGCGUUAGCAGUCGUCAUUUCGACACAAAUAAAUAAAUUCUGCGUUUACGAUAGACGUACGCCCUCGAAACGAUCCGACACGAUGAUAAACGCGAUCACGCCCUCGCAACUUCGCGGCAAACAAACGAUCCGGCGGCGACUACUACGGCCGCCGAUAAUUACAUUGUUAAAAUUGUAAUAACGAAAAAGCGAGGGUGUUUACUUCUUCGUUUCUCUUCAUGGCCUUUGCGCGCGAGCGGCGGCGACUCCACCGAAGACGUUUAGCACGCGCGCAGAACAGAAGACGACGGACAAUGAUUCGACACGCGCGACUGUGAAAACAACAUGUAUGUUACUUCUACUUCUGUGGGAACACAAUACAAGUUUGAUUCGUACAAUGCGGAAAAACAAUUCGAAAUCGUGAAUGCGAUGUCUACCGUUAAGAGAACCGUGAUGUAAUGUAACGAUGAACAGACGAACCAACGACUUUGAGAUGCCUUAUCCACGAUGGACUGCUGCGACGAAAUCUUUUCAUCCAGUCCCGAUCAACGUUCAAUCGCCCAAAAGUAACCUGCGCAACGGCAGGUUCGAUGCCAUGAAAACCGACUUGGUGGCGCCCGAAAUGCCGGCACCGAUCAUCUCCUCGUCGAGUACCUUCGAUCCUUCCACCGACAGUCUGCACGCGUCGAUGAGACCGAUCAUCGUGCUGGCCCAAUGCUUCUCCAUGUUCCCCGUGUGCGGCAUCAGCAAACCGGACGCCUCGUAUCUUCGGUUCACGUGGCGCAGUCCGAAACUUGUGUACGCGGCGAUCAGUUUUCUGGGAGCGUGCAUGAUGACGAUCUACAAUGUCAUAAGGUUGCUUAAUACGGGAAUAAAUUCCACCAAAAUGACGACACUCGUCUUCUUCCUCACGACCAUGACAACCGCCAUCCUGUUUCUGCGACUGGCGAUGCGGUGGCCCUGCCUGGCGCUGACGUGGGAGAAACUCGAACGGGAAUUCACUUCCAGACAUCGGCGAGUUUCCAAGACCACCCUCGCGACUCGCUUCAAGAUCGUGACCACCGUUGUCAUGUUGUUCGCGUUAGUGGAACACGGUGCGUCCAUGCUGUCCGGUUACAUCAGCGCGAUAGAGUGCGCGAAGAUUCGCGGCGACAAAGAUAUUAUGUACACUUACUUCACGUCGCAGUUUCCUCAGAUCUUCACGAAAAUAAGCUACAGCCUCUGGAAGGGAAUUUUAGUCGACAUCAUAAACGUUCUCAGUACGUUCUCGUGGAACUUCGUCGAUCUCUUUCUCAUUCUCAUCAGCAUAGCUCUGGCGGACCAGUUCAGACAGUUGAACGGUCGUCUCUACGCGAUACGGGGAAAGGCGAUGCCGGAAUGGUGGUGGGCCGAAGCGAGAAGCGACUACAAUCACUUAGCGACCUUGACGCGUAUGGUGGACUCUCAUAUUUCGAGCAUCGUGCUUUUGUCCUUUGCCAUCGACCUGUACUUUAUCUGCAUCCAACUGCUGUUUUCCUUCAAUCCUAUACGCGGCAUCGUGCGGAAGAUCUACUUUUGCUUCUCCUUCGGUUUUUUGCUGGCGAGGACCACAGCGGUGUCUCUGUACGCGGCUUCCGUUCACGACGAAUCACGUCUGCCGGCACCGAUUCUGUACAGCGUUACCGGUUCGAGUUACAGUAACGAGGUCUCGAGAUUCUUGACGCAAGUAACGACGGACAACAUAAGCCUAACGGGAAUGAAGUUCUUUUCCGUGACGAGAGGUCUCGUGCUGACAGUCGCUGGAACCAUUGUGACUUACGAACUCGUUCUGGUGCAAUUCAACUCCGUUCAGCAAGUGGAUCAAUCGAACCUUACGAACGUGUGUGAGGUGGAUGCCGAACAAGUGUAUAAAGCCGGCAAUGCCACUUUGCUCUGAUCGUUGAUCCUAG